CCACCAGACGGCGGCCUCGAGGCGUGGCUUCAAGUCCUUGCCACGCACCUAAUCAAUGCCAUGACAUGGGGCUACGCCGCAGCCUUUGGCGUCUACCAGCUCUACUAUGUCGAAACUCUGGGGCUCCCCGCCUCGCAGGUUUCGUGGAUCGGGUCUGUCCAAAUCUUCUUCACCUACGCCAUCUGCGCCGUGUCCGGGCGGCUCGCAGACGCGGGCUAUACUCGCAUCACCGUCGCGGUGGGCACGUUCAUGGCAGUAUUCGGCACUUUCAUGACGAGCCUCGCCAAGACGUACUGGCAAAUCUUUCUCGCCCAAGCCGUGUGUAUCGGCAUUGGACUCGGUGUGACGUUUAUGCCGGCCAUUUCCAUCCUGAGCUCGUACUUUGAGAAAAACAGGGCCUUUGCUCUCGCCGUCUCGGCGGUGGGCACGUCGGUUGGUAGCGUGUCGUUUCCUGCCAUGAUACAGCAUUUGACGGCGAGGAUCGGAUUCCCCUGGGCAGUGCGAUGUGCGGGCUUCCUUGCCCUGGCCAUGGCUGUUGUUGCCAACGUGUUGCUGAAGCCCAGAUUGCCGCCUCGCAAAUCGGGGCCCCUGUUGGAGCUCUCGGCCUUUUCAGAGCUGCCCUACCUCUUGUUCUCCAUGGCUGCGUUUGUAUACUUUUAUGCUCUCUACUUUGUCUUCUUCUAUAUUAACAGUUACGCCCGUAACGUCAUUGGCUUUUCAAACAGUGAUUCCAUCAAUCUGCUCAUUAUAACGAAUGCCAUGGGCAUCCCCAUGCGGCCGAUUGCAGGCUACAUCGCAGACAGAUGGACUGGGCCAAUCAACCUCUUCAUCGCCGCCCUCGCGGCUGUGUUCGCCAUACUGUACUCCUGGACCGCAGUCACAACCCGAACGGGCAUGUACGUCUUUAGCGUCGUCUACGGCCUAUCAAUCGGCGCAAACCAGGGCCUGUUUGUUGCGUCCCUGACGAGCUUGACCAAAGACCCGCAGAAGAUGGGUGUCAGGUUUGGCAUGGUGGAAACGCUCAGUGCGCUGGCAACGGUGGCCGGGGCACCAACAGCGGGUGCCAUUAUCGAUCACAACCAUGGAAACUAUUUUUGGGCACAGAUAUGGGGAGGGACCGUGAUGGCUGCGGCAACAGUCAUUUUCAUAUCAUGUCGUAUCUCUGCGACCGGAUGGAAACUCUGGGCCAAGGUUUAGCCAGCCAGCUAGUUGGCGAAGCUGUUGGUAAGAGCAGUUGAUUAGAAAACUAAAAAGGGGCUUUGAGGACUAGGCAUGGGAGUAGGAAUCACAAUGGGAAGACCAAAAGCAUAGACGCCGAUACCGGAACAUGGCUCACCAAGGAAUCGUGUUCUCAGGCAGAGGUAGCGGUAGUAGCGGUAGUAGCAGUAGUAAUAAUGACGGCUUUAAUCAAUCAGGCAAUUCUCUGUUCCCACUUGGCGCUGUGCGAUGCGAUGCGAUGCGAUUCUCAAGGCUGUUGCAGCUUUGCCACAGCCUUGGCUACGAGAGCCGCAACUUGUGUGCCCUCUCUCCAAAUGUCGUCGUGUUCAAGGCUGAGGUCCCUGAUGGCUAUCGGUGUGAUGCCGUCUGCGAUGAGCCUGGCUUCCAUAACGUCGAGCUCUGGCAUAUCGAUCAGGGUGUCCUCUGCAGAGUUUGCCAAGAUGACGAGACGAGGCCCGUCCCCCCAGACGUCCUUGAAGUUACCAGCAAACGUUGCCGGAGACACUGCGUCCCAAACCUGCUUGUCCGGGCCAAAAACGCCAGUCGUGAACUCUUCGUAAAUCCCGCCGUGCCUGGCGACCAUGCCUCUCAAGUCGUGGAUGCCCGAUAUGCUGAUGAGGGCUGCUGGCAGCGGCACUGCGGGAGCCCAGCCACACGAUGCGUCGCUGUUCAUGACGACCUGGUGGGCCAGCGCACCGCCCGCCGAGUGGCCAAUGAGCACGUAGUUGUUGCCAAUGCCGUACUUGCCAUCGAGAAAGCGCAGCGCGGAGACGACGUCCCGGAUAUGGUCCGGGUGACGGGCGUUGUGCAACUCCUUCGCCGGCGUCGAGGGAUCCUGGGGAAACUGCGGGUGCGGAGACAGGCGGUAGUCAAGGCUGGCAAAGCCCCGGAUGGCCGACUUGGGCAGAUCCGCGCGCGCGGCCAUAUGCUGGACGGGUGGCACAAAGUCGUCGACGGUGUUUCUGGGGUCUCGCCACGCGCCUCCGUGGACGAAGCUGCCGCGCGCACAAGGUUAGAGUUACAAGUAAGGCUCUGUGGGAGCAGUCAGAGUCGUACAUUAUCCAAUAAGCUGACGCUGGCGCAUGCGCCUCUUGUGUGUCGUCAUCGUCAUCAAACUGCCAGACGGCGACUCGCUGGAGGGUAUGAUCGCCGUAUUGGAGGCUGGUGUAGUUGAGGCCAGGGAUGUGUGCAGAGCUCAUCGUGACUCUUUGCUGCUGGGCGUGAUGCGGGGGAUUUUGGAAAGGUUGGUUUCAGAGCCUGGUAGUGAUGCUACUUCGUACUUGCCAGGCUACGCUACCUAUGGGCACCUCCG